AUGAUUUGGUUACUUUUUAAAAGCUGCAGUAGAAACAAAAAAAGUAAAACGAUUAAAUCUGAUGAAAAUUAUAUGAAGGUAAACAAUUCAAAAGCAAUUAUUAAAGAUCUUCUACCCAAAUUGGACGUUUUUAAUGAUUUGGAAGCAUGUAAUGACAACGUAUUUGUUACGGACAAACAUUUUGCAUAUCUUUCGAUAUUUGAUCCUUACAAUGAAUUUAAAGAGUUAACUCCAGAAAUAACUGCAACUGAACAAGUGGUUAUUGAAAAUGACAAUACAGUUAUAAACGAGAUUGGUAAUUCAGAAGUUAGUACAGAAGAUUCUAUGGUUAUUAAUAAUAGAUUUAGUAGAGUUACGGAAAAACAUUUGAAGACUUUACAAUGUCCAUUUACUUGGGAUUUUGAAUCUGCAGUGUGGAAAAAAAACAUUGUUAAUCGAAUUGAAAAAAAAUAUGGCAAAUACAAUACGAAUAUUUCCUCAGUCAGAUUUUCAUUUGAAAAGUACAUAAGCAAUCUUAUUAUCAGUUGUGGACUAUUUAAAACAAACAAAGCAGACAGAGCACACGAUAAAUUAAUAAAUAUUUGGGAAUGGCUAGAUAAAUUAGACGAUAAAAAUGAACCUCAAUAUUUGGCAAUUAGAGAUGGAUUGAAGCAUAUCGUUAUGUCUACAUUGUGUCACGUAUUGUUCACUGUGAAUAGAGCGCAAUGUCAACAGUUAUUUGAAAUGAUAACAAGAUUUAACAAUUUGGAUUCGAAAUCAAGAGCUGCAGUUAAUGCUUUACAUGCUGUAGUUUGUUUAGACAUUGGUGGCAAAUCAAUGAAAAAUGUUGUUCAGUAUGCGAAAACAGCAUGUGAGUUAGAUCCAGACACAGUUCAGUGGAAUUAUUAUCUUGCAAUAGCUAUGACUGCUCAAAGACAAUAUCUGAAUAGCAAUAUAUCGUGCCCUACUGAAGACGAGUUUGAUUCUAUACAGCAAGCAGUUAUCUUAUCAAAUGAACCAAAUCCUUAUUUUAACUUCCACAGAAUGCAUUUGAUGACAAAUAAAAUACUCUAUCACUAUCAUCAUGAUAAUAAUAAAAGUAAAAGCAAUGAAAAUGAAUUGAAAAAAGUAAAAAAAGACUUACUCAAUAUAAUAGAAUUAAUCAAAGACAUCAUAAGUAUGGAACCAGAAGAUCCUCAUUUAGUUGUUAAAUGCGCAAAAUCUCUAAUGACUCUUCCAUAUUUAACCCAAGACGAUAUUUUUCUCAUUAAACAAAUUAUAACAAUAGCAGUAAAUAUGGCUUUUCACGACUUCACGGUGAUUAGAGCAAUUCAGAAAAGCAUUGCAAUCUUCAGAGAAUUGGUCUGUACUUGCAUAGAAAUGAACGAAAAUAAAAGUCAUUUGAAAAAUACCAGUACUGAAAAUCAGGUGAAAAACAAAGAUCAUGACUCAUUGGAUGAUGACUUAAUACUUAUAAUGGAAAAAUACGAAAAAGGUAGUAAUCCGAUAUUAGAUUUGAUUAAUCUAUUCGAAAAAUAUGAAGGGAAUUGUAGAUGGAAAAUAAUGGCACAAAUUUGUUCUUACUCAAUACUUUUCAAGGAAUCUUCAAAUCUUCUAGUUGGUGUAGAACAAUUCAUGAUGUUAAUAAAUGACGAAAGCAUUGCUAAUAGCGAUAUUAUUACGAAACAUAGAUCAAUAUUCAUAAAGGAUCAUUCCAAAGUAUUCAACCUUGCCGAACUAGUGUGUAAUGAAAUCAAAUUGGCUAUUACUUCGGGUCACAUUGAGAAUCGAGAUCAAACAGAAUUAUAUUUAGAUCAAUUAACUAAAAUUAUGGAAGUAUGUCAGCUCAAACCGAAAAAAGUCAACCCCAAUUUUGUAUUUGAAAUAACUGGAUGUGUUGAGAAAGAAAGUCAGAAUAAUGCAUGCAAAGAGAUCGACGCAGUUAACCAACAAAAUGACUUGCAAGACACCAAACAAAUUGUUUUGAAAAAUUCUACUAAGCAACGUCGGGUAAAACACACUUCCAACAAUCAUCAUACACGAGUACCUAAAUCUAAACCGAGAAGGAGGCAUCAUCGCUAUGACUAAUUUUAUUUAACUAUUGAUUUAAAGAUUUUUUUAAAAUAAUUUUUUACAAUUUGUGCACAAAAGACAAUACAAUAUGAUGUCUUUGUUUCAUAAAUGAAGUUGUAUAAUUUAUGAAACAAUAAGUUUAUCACCUAAGUCCCGUUGCACAUUAUAAUAUGCAUAGUGUUUUAUGCUAGGAAGCCCAAUGUACAUUGUAAUGUGCACGCAAGAAAUUAUAAUGCGCAUAGCUGUAUCUUUGGUCCAGAUCGUUCAAACUUGAAGAGAAUUUUAAUCAAGUACCUUUUAUAACAUGUAUACAACCCUAAUUUUUUUCCCUACUACAAUUAAUUCGGGCCUGAAAGAGCUAAUUAACUAGUGAUUAAUCUAAAUAUCUAUAUAUAAUUACUACUAUAUUACUUCUACUCGUUUUGUAUAUAGUCAUAUAUUGAUAAAAACUGGAGUCAGUAUAUGGUUUUAUUUAUUUUUAAAGAAAUUAAAUAUAACUACAAACAUUUUAUUUCUGAUUAAACAUCGAUAUAUCAAGUUA